AUGGACCCGCUUAGCCCCCAGUAUGAGGCCUACGUGCUUGAGCUCGACCCGGCGACCAAGUACGUUUGGUGCCAGUGCGGCGUGAGCACGCGCCAGCCGUUCUGUGAUGGUCAGAGCCAUCGAGCCUACGGGAUCAAGCCUGUGGCCUUCACGUCGGAGGGAGAAGCAGGAGGACAGAAGGUCAAGGCCGCACUGUGCGGAUGCAAGUACACCAAUACGCCACCGUACUGCGACGGGACUCACGUAUCCAUGAAGAAGAAGGAUGAGUAA